AUGAUUGUGUGGGUCCCUCCUACAAUUGAAAACUUAACGUGUAGUACAAAUAGACAAGAUAAAAAACUGAAUAAAACUUUGCCUUAUGAGUAUCAUACAGCAGACUGGAAAACUUUUUUAUUUCAUCUGAGCCAUCCUUUAUUAGAUUUGCAAGAUCUUUUCAGACUGUGA